AUGAACACAGCAAGUAAAGAUGUCGUCUGUGGCACAGACCAGCUUCAGAAAGGCGGACAAACACAGAUUGAAAAAAAACAAUUUGCCUGCACACGCAACAGCGCGGAAGAAGGUUUUGCAGGUAGUUUGGCUUCUCUUGCUACUCUUACCACGAGCGGAAGUCUUGAGACCGUGGAUGCAGACCAUUUCUUUGUGAUGACAAGACACGAUGUAUUAGAGAAACCAUUGCCACUGACUGCACCAGUGCAAUCUGCUGGUGUUUUGACCAUCAACGAAUGUGUCCAGGCUGCAGAGACUGCGGAUGCUCUUAGCAAGCGCAUGCAUGGAAAAAAUCUCGAAUACUCCGCCUCACGGGAGACGUACCCACACAAGCGUGCUGCUUUAGGAAGACGUGAAAGUAAUAUGCCGAGCUGUACUAACCAAAAAUUUGCUGCAACUACUACCAAAAGCUCGGAUAUUACUGAUAUGAAUGACAAAGAAGUUCUUCAUAACGAUGCACAAUAUGCCAGUAAUUUUGACCAUGAGAAUUUUUGGCGCAACUUAGCCGAAGACCAGCAAGUAGACGUAUUUGAUGCUAAUACCAAAGCGUGGCUUGCAGCCAAAAUUGUUGAUCUGGAUGAUGAAGGCUACACUGUUCAUUACAUGGGAUGGAGCUCAAAGUGUGAUGAAAAAAUCCAAAAAAGUAGUUGCCAUCGCAUUCAACCCCGUGCACUAAAAGCCUCUCAGGCCUGGGUGAAACAUCAAUUGAAGAUUGACAAACAUCGGCGUGGAUUCGAAAAGAGGCAUAAAGCUGUAGUAUUCGUUGGUGAUAAAUCUCAGCGCCCAGGGAUAAAUGAACCAGUAUUGAUGCCAAUGUUUGUGCAGAGUGGACUCACUCGAUCUGGACGCUCAAUUACUAAACGUAUUGAAAACGGAGCUUUGAAAAUGAAAGUGAUUUCGAAGAAAAAAAGAGAAUCAGCAUAUAACGAGUCUAAAUGUCCUGAAGAAGAUUUAUGUGGCAUUUGUGGUGAAAUUGAAGAUAACGAUCUGACCGACAUGAUACUGUGCGAUGGUGGUUGCCUCAAAUCAUAUCAUUUUUCGUGUUUGGGUAUCGACUCAGCACCCGAAAGGGAGCGGUGGUUAUGCGAACAAUGUCGUACGAAUGAGCAGUUAUGUUUCGCUUGUGGGCGCAAUGGUACAAUCAACGAAAAAGGUGGCGUGUUUCGCUGUAGUGUGGCAUCGUGCGGUAAAUUUUAUCACCAAGUCUGUAUCGAUGCCAACAAAAUGUCACGUCGGGCUGGAGGUAAGUUCAAACCAAGCUCUAUGGUGUUAGAGGUGUUCGAAUGGGACGCAUUUUUUCGAUGUCCUAGGCAUGUCUGUAUUGUGUGCGAAGAAAGGAGAAAGAGCUCUGAUUUAAUGUGCUGCUUAAAGUGUCCAGAAGCUUAUCAUCCACAAUGUGUACCUCCAAGUGCCCGAUACAACACUGUUGGUUUGCUCUGUUGGAGGCACCCUGAUGAGGAGCUGCCGAAGAUCCCAUCGUUUUAUUUGUCCGAUCGUAAUGUUGAUACAGUUACGGUGGAUUCCUGCUUACACCUUCCGUGGAUGUUCUUGCCGAAACGUGACCCGGACGCCAGCAAUCCCGACGAUUGCCAUCACUUCCGCCUUUCCAAAAGUAUUAUUGAAGAUGUUCGUCUUCAACCGCCAACGUAUCGCAAGCUAGGUCGUAACAUUUAUACAUUUAAGCAGCCUAAGGUCUCUCUAGAGGAUGCACCUAUGUGUAUCUGCAAGGAAAAAUGCGGAGAUGAUUGCAUCAACAGGCUGAGUUUCACUGAGUGCUUCGGUCCAGCACCGAUUCUGGGAAUGAAAUUUAACAAGCACUCAAGAGAAUCGAAUUGUAUGCUCGGCGAAAAUUGUGGAAAUCGCGCGCUUCAUCAGAAGGUUUACCCUCGCUUUGAAAAGUUUCACACGGUCGAUAAGGGUUGGGCUCUUCGCAUACUGGAGCCGAUUAAAGCAGGGCAAUUAGUGAUUGAGUACGUUGGCGAAGUGAUAAACGAAGAAGAAAAGGAGCGCCGACUACUCACUCACGCAAAGGAUAGUCCGGAGGAUAAAAACAUGUACAUUAUGGAUCUGGGCAAAGGUGAAUACAUUGACGCGCGUUUCAAAGGGAGUGUCUCUAGGUUUAUUAACCACUCGUGUGAGCCUAAUUGUCACUUGCUGAAGUGGCGUGUAAAAGGGGUUAAUCGAAUUGCAAUCACAGCUUUAAAGGACAUUGAGCCGGGUACCGAGUUGUCAUACGAUUACCAGUUCCACACAAAACAGGCGAUGGAGUGGAAAUGUCAUUGUAAGUCAAAAACUUGUCGUGGGACCAUGGCACCAGAAAAAAUUAAUCAGACAAGUGAUUCGCCUGUAAAGAGGCUUACGAAAAAGGAGCGGACCAAGCAGCGUAAGCGUGCCCUUUUGCAGGGAAAAAUACAACAAGAUAAGGAAAUAAAAAGCACAGCUAAAAGACUCUCCUUGACGGCACAUGUCAGCAUGGGUGAUCUGAGUACCAAUGAUAACAUGGCUGUUCGUACGGGUCCUGCAGUUCGUGAGCUGAAGUGGGCUCAGAUAAACCAUCUCUUCAUCAUGCGUAAUGCCAAGUCAGCUGGUGUUAACAGAGCAACCAGUCAAGAUCGAGCAAAAAUUGAGAAUCGACAUGAGGCUGUUCAGAAGCUUGUUGAAUUAGAAAUAUCGAAGCUAAAGGCAAAGACAGUGAAGAAAGGUUAA